AUGGCUUGGUCCGCCGAGAACGCUACUAAAGCUUACCUCCGAACCCUCAACCUGUUUCUUCUGCGGCAGGGAAACAGGGGCAUAUUGGAACCGGGCGUCGCGGAGUUCAUUUCGGCCCUGGCGGCAGGGACUGGCGCGCGGGUCAUGGUGGAAGUCUGCGGUGACUCCGGCGCUGGCCCCACCACCCUGGCCCUCAUUGCAGCCGCCAGCCAGACCGGCGGUCACGCCGUCUGCAUCCUCCGCGGUCCAGAGGAGCUCCAUUCGUCGACCCGGUUCCUCGGCCCCGACCACUCCCGACAGGUCGACCUUGUCCUCGGAGACCCCGAGGAGCUCCUCUUAAGGGAGUACCGCAGCGCUGACUUUGUACUUGUUGAUUGCCAGGUAUGUAAAACUAAGUGGUGUAUUAAGAUAGAGAAAAUUUACUAUAUAACAGUACAUCACAUCAUUUAUAUCCAGUCAAUCACAUUUUUUUUAGCAAAUAUUUGUCAUUUAUUUGACCGUUCGAAGAACGGUAUUUUAAUAUUUUAUAUUCGACACCAGGUUUACGGCAGCGAACGUGCGUUCAAGGCGGCUCAGCGCGGAGCAGCGGAGGCAGCAGGCGGGGGUGUUGUGGUGGGUUAUAAUGCAAUGUGCGGCGGCAGCGGCGACGGCUUCAAUGAUAGCAGCAGCGGAAGGAGAGGUGGUAUGAAGAUUGAGCUGCUACCGAUCGGCGGCGGGCUUAGGGUUUGCCGGGUGCCGCCGUCCACGGUAGAGGCUGCUGCUGCGGCUGCAGGGAGGAGGAGCAGGUGGGUGGUUAGGGUUGAUGAGGGCACCGGCGAGGAGCACGUGUUUAGGAUCACACGCCAAGGAGAAAUGGGAUAAAAGCUUGAUUCGUAUACACAUGCAUUACGUGCGUUCCUUUUAGCUCUUCUCAGUUUUUGUGUUUUACAUAUGUG